CGAGCCCGCCGGGUACCAUUGGCCCGCGCCGCGGAGGUGGGCGGCUCCUCCGGCGCGUCCUGCUCGCCCAUUGGGCGGCGCGUUCCGUUGCGUGCGGCGGGGCCGAGCGGGUAGCGCCGACCCGGAGCCGUGUCCGUGCAGCGCGGCCGGAUGGCAUCCAACUAUAGAAAACCUGGCUUAAGUACAGCCCAGAGGAAGAAAAGCGGCUUGAAACCGGAACUUACAGAAGAGCAAAAGCAGGAGAUCAGAGAAGCUUUUGAUUUGUUUGAUACUGAUGGAUCUGGAAGCAUUGAUGUAAAAGAACUGAAGGUUGCAAUGCGUGCUCUAGGCUUUGAGCCAAAGAAGGAAGAAAUUAAGAAAAUGAUAGCAGAUAUUGACAAAGAAGGAAGUGGCACCAUUGACUUUGAAGACUUCUUGGCCAUGAUGACGCAAAAAAUGAGUGAAAAGGAUUCAAAAGAAGAAAUCUUGAAAGCUUUCAGAUUGUUUGAUGAUGAUGGGACAGGAAAAAUUUCAUUCAAAAACUUGAAAAGGGUUGCCAAGGAGCUGGGAGAAAAUUUAACAGAUGAAGAGCUUCAGGAAAUGAUUGAUGAAGCUGAUCGAGAUGGAGAUGGAGAAGUAAGUGAGCAAGAAUUUUUGAGAAUUAUGAAGAAAACUAGCUUAUAUUAAUAUUUGUUGCCUUGCUAUACAGCUACUCCAAAAGAUAACCUGGAAAAGACUUAAAAACUGGGCUUGUGCCUCCUGCAUAUGUCCUGCUACAUAAAGAAAGUCUGAAAGGACGGAUUUUUGGUUCAUUCUUCUUUUUCAGCAAAGUUAAUUGAGGAAGGGGGGGCUUCAGUACCCAGAACUAUUAAAACGAGGUAUUGCAGAAGUGAAAAGGAAGGAUGAACUGAACCUGCAAGGCAGGAUCCCGUCCCUUCCCCUCCCCCUUGACAAUUUCAUUGAUUGCUAUUUUGGACAAAAAAUGCUGUUUCAACUAUUUAUCUAAAAGACAUUUCACUUGAGAUGUUCAAAUUCCCCCUGCUUCUGGGAAGGGCCAAUUGUGACUUUCCUAAGACUACAAAAUGAAGGUACAAGCACAGUAUUUUUAUUCCUUUUAAGGCUUUUAGGUUAUCUCUUGGUAUUUGUCUCCUUCUGUUUAUUUCCUUGAAAGACUCUAAACCCAACUGCAUAUCUGUAUUUAUUUCUGUACAAAACAGUUUUCCCAUGACAAGUUUUUGGCCCUAAUGGGAAGCAAAUGCAGCGAACCAGAUUUGGUUCUUCAUUCAGAGCUGUGUGCCAUCACUAGAUGUUCUUUUGUUUAUCUGAUUGUCUGAAACCUGGUUUACUUGAAUGUAACCUGCUUGGAUUAUCACAGUUUAUUGUAUAACCAGUCAACAUCUUGCACCAUUGUUUGUACUCCCAAGACAUUACAGAGCUGCUGUUACGUAUGCCAGGAUUUAAGGCACCUAAAAGUUCAGUGCGGCAUGCUAGGGUAAAUUUCUCUUUGGUAUUUCAAGUCAAGUUGCAGGGAGGACUCGCAUCUGAAGUGAAAAAAUAGCUCACCUUGGACAUCUGUGAAACACUGAAUAUAUUUAGAACCAUGCAGCCCAAAUUCAUUUCAGACAUCACAGGUUUGGUUUGUUGGGUUUGUUUUAGGAGUACCUUCAUUUAAAAAAAAUAUUUCUUACAUACAUUGUCAGUGUAGGAGUUACUGGAGAGCCACAUUUCCUUCUAUGUUAUGGUAACACAGCAGUGCCACACAACAUGACAUCCGACGAUGUGGUUCUGGCAGGAGGGUUUUUCCUUGGGUUCGGAUUAGACAAUCAGCUUCAAAACUGCAGGGAAAUGGUAUCAUCCUAAAUUACAUCUCCCUCUAAUAACGUGCCUGACUGAGAGUUUGUUUCUGCUCACUGUGAAACGGCAAGUAGGUAGCAAAGUGGCAGGAGGGCUCAAGGGGAAGAGAAGGGAAAGAACAGUAGUUCACCAGUAGCUGUGAAGAUCUCUCUUCAGACAGCUUCUGCUGCUUCACAGCAUGGACAGUGUUUGCACAAGAAAGGAAGGGCCAGCUCCUGGCUUAGCUCUUCAUUACAGCUGCUGUGGCUCUUCAGGCUGUAAGGGCCCAGCAGGGGGAGAAUUCGUUUCAACAGUGAAAGGAGAAGAGCUCAUUCACCCAUCUUGUUCUCAGCGUGCAGACGUGGACCUGGCACAUUCUGCCCAAGUCCUCCAAGUGUUGUACUCUGAACAGCGCUCUCUAAAUAGAGCCUCUCUAACCUGCACAGAAGUGGGCUCAAACCUGGGGGAGAGCAGGGAUUGUGUAGGACCCUGGAAAACUCAAGACAUCUGUGAAGUCCCCUGUUAACACAGUCAGUGGCAGUAGAUGUAAACUAUAGUACAGUAAGCGUUUUAAAAUGUCUAUUAAUUUUGUAUAAGUGUGAAAUAAAACUGUUUUGCAAGUUAA